AUGCAACAGUUCUUGAUUCACAUAGUUUCAGAACCUAAAGUUUUCAAAGGUUGGGGAGUAAAAGAAGAAUUUAACCUUGAUGUAUAUUCACAUAUGCAUUAUAAAUUAGUAACAUUGCUGGCUGAUCAUUUAAAUUUUACACUCGACCUAAGCUUAGUUAAUGACUAUGGAUGGCGAUUGGAAAAUGGUUCCUUUAGUGGUUUGAUGAACUCUCUUGUUAAAGGUGAAGUUGAAUUCACUACAUCUGGAGCUUUGAUGAGAUUCGAUCGUAUGAUGGCAGCAGAAUUAACUGUUGCAACUUAUCGCGUUCAAACCAGCGCAAUUUUCAAACAACCUCCAUUGUCAGCUGUUUUUAAUGUAUUUUUUUUGCCAUUUAAUUUUACCACUUGGAUAGCUAUUUUACUUCUACUUAUGUUAUUUACGAUAGCUAUAGUAUUUUUCUUCAGAAUAACAACUAUGAUAAAAAAUAUUGGUCCACAUUCCUCAUUAAUGAUGACCACAUUGGAUACUGGUAUGUUGGUGUUGGGUGCAAUUUGCCAACAAGGAACAUCAACAAUUAUGACUACAACAUCUGUAAGAAUGGCAUUUAGCGUUUUGUUUUUUACGGCUGUUUUCUUAUUUACUUCAUAUUCCGCUAGCAUAGUAGUAAUACUUCAGACUCCAAGUCAAUCAAUUAAAUCUAUCAAAGACUUAGCUGAUAAAUCAACAACAUUUAGUGUACUCGAUACUGCACAUAAUUACGUAUAUCUAAAUGAAACAAAAAUACAUGCUGUUAAGAAAAUCUAUCAAAAUAAAAUUAUAAAAACAAAACCAAGUGAUGCGUUUACAUCGGCUAAAGUUGGUAUGAUAAGAGUUCAAAAAGAAUUCCAUGCGUUUUUGGUUGAUACGUCGGUAGCUAAUGAUAUAAUUGCUAAAUCAUGGAACGAACAAGAAAAAUGCAGUCUAACUCAAUUAAACUUGUUUACGCUACCUCCAUUAACUUUAUACAUUGCUAAAAAAUCUGGAUAUAAAGACUCCAUAAAGCAACAAUUGAUUUUACAAGAUGAAGUGGGAUUAAAAAAAAGAAUUUAUAACCAGUUCAUGCCACAAAAACCAACUUGUGAUUCUCUCAACAAAGACAUUAUAAUAGAAAGUGUAUCGCUAAAAGAAAUAUUCCCUAUAAUAGCUUUCCUUAGUUGUGCAAUGAUUGUAUCAUUUAUUAUUUUUGUGUUAGAAUUGAUGUCAUACAACAUGAUGAGUAUUUUUAAAAGUUAAAUUUUUUAUUUAAUUGACCCCUAAGUAUA